AUGGCCGACACCCUCAACUCGGUCACCAACUCGGUCACCAAUGGCCCCGUUGCCGACAAGGUCAAGGAGCAGCACCAGAAGACCUCUGACGAGCUCUCCAACCUCUAUGCUUCCCGCCAGACACCUAACAACCCCACGGCCACUGGCCAGCCUCUAACGCACUAUCACUCCUUCUUCUCCGAGCUCCUUUCGUGGCGCAACCCUCGUGCCUCUGCAAUCGCCUAUGUCUCCAUCAUCGCCUUCAUCUUCUCGGUUAGGUACCUGGACGUGAUCCGAUGGGGCUUCAAGCUUACCUGGAUGAUCCUGGGCAUCACCAUUGCCGCCGAGGCCGCUGGAAAGGCUGUCAUGAACACCGGUAUCGCCAGUCAGCUCCGCCCUCGCCGUUACUACACCGUCCCUCGCGAGACCCUCGACGUCCUCAUCGGUGAUGUCCAUGAGCUGGUUAACUUUGCCGUCAUCGAGUCUCAGCGGAUCGUCUUUGCCGAGAACAUCUGGGCUUCCCUGGCUGUCUGCGUGAGCGCUUUCCUCUCGUACUGGCUGGUUAAGAUCGUCCCGUACUGGGGUCUUGCCCUCAUCGGCACCACCGUGCUCUUUACCGCCCCUCUGAUCUACACCUCCAACCAGGAGCUCAUCGACACCCACCUUAAGAACGCCCAGGUGAUCGUCAACACCCAGACCGAGCAGCUUCGCAAGGUCGCCGGCACCCACACUGCCCGUGCCACCGAGGUCACCAAGCAGUACGUGGGCGACUACACUUCCAAGGCCCAGGAGAUGCUCCGAGGCCGCUCUGCUUCGCCCCAGACUGCCUCCGCCCCCGCUCCGGCUGCCCCGGCUGCCCCGGCUGCCCCUGCUGUUAAGGACAGCGACUUCCCCGCAGCUCCCAAGGAGGACAUUAAGGCCGAUGAGCCUGCUCUGCCCGCUCAGAGCGAGCCGGUGGUCAAGCAGGAGGAGGCUGAGCAAGAGCCUCUGAUUGCUGCCUAA